AGUGAAGUUGUCUUUUUUACAAUUUUGUUUAUUCGUGUGUUUAAGGUAAUUGGACAUUGCUACCACAAUGAUUUUCCCUGUGUUGUACAUAUUCAUCGCUGUGAAUAUUAUUUCUAGUACAGGUGUACAGAUAGACAUGAAUAGAGAAUAUUUUUACCACGGCAAGGAUUUAUUUUGUGCACAACUCCAGUGUACAGAAAACAUAAAAGGAGACACUCAGAUAUCAGCUCUUGUCAACAUGUCAGUCUAUAGGAUCAGUGAACCAGAGGGGAGGAUUUUGGUGGCGUCUAUUUCAGAAUCAGAUUCAAAGCUUCAAGAUUACAAAAGGGCUGGUACAAGAGUAGAUGGAAAAAUAUCGAAAACAUUUUCUGAAUUGGAAAUCUUUUUCUCGAAUCAUUCAGAUUGAAUUGUUGGCAUUUUUCUAUGUGAAAUACAUUAUGUGAAUACAACAGGAUCUGUGGAUAGAACUGGGAAACAGACGGAGAUUUUACAAAGAAAAUCACGUGACACAUUUCUAAUGAUGAAUUUAAAAGCUAAAACUUCAGACUAUGUUAAAUCUGUUGACACAAUGGCCGAUUUUCUCAAAUCGUUUGAAGACCCAGACAGACUGAAAGGUGCAGACAUGACAAUGUCAUUACAGAUGUCACAUUCUGGUGGCGAUAAGUUCAGCACAGACCAAAAUUUUAAUCCAACAGAUAACAAUUAUAAACAGAUAAGUUCAUCUACCCUUGAUGAUAAAAUGAUGGAUGAUAAAAUAAAGAAUUUAACUCUUGAUGUAAACGAAACUUUACAUAUUAUGGAAAACAGACUCAGUUCAAAAAUUGAUUUGAAUAAAAAUAGUUUUGCUGUUUUAAACGAAUCAUUGCAAACAAAGUUAGCCAACACACAGAACCAAACAGAAGAACUCAGUAUCAGAUUAAAUGAGAUGAAAAAUAAAAUGAAGGAAGAGCAUAUUAAUACAGCAUUAAAUUUGGUAGCCGGUCUCAACAAAACUCUACACGAAUUUAAAGACGAGUACAGCCGCCACCGUUUGAUUUUAAAAUUUACAAAACAGUGUGUCAGGAACGACAACUCAAGUCUACCAGAACAAAUGAUACUCCAACUAAAUGAAAACAAACUCGCCUUGUGUGAUACCAAAACUGACGGUGGAGAAUGGAUUGUUAUACAGAGACGUUUUAAGGGUGAUGUAAAUUUCAGCAGAAACUGGAGCGACUACAAAAAUGGUUUUGGAUCUUUGGAUGGAGAUUAUUGGCUGGGAAAUGACUGGAUCUCAAACCUCACACAAAACGGCUACAGUGAACUGAGGUUUGACAUGAAAUAUAAAGGUAAAUCCUACUACAUGGUUUACAGUAAUGUGACGGUAGGAAGUGAAGCAGAUUUGUACAGGAUAAAGUUUACAUACAAGACAGGCAACGCUACAGACAACUUAAGUGAACACAAUGGAAUGGCUUUUUCUACUUUAGAUAGAGACAAUGAUAGAUGGUCUGAUAACUGUGCUGAGAGAUGGAAAGGCGGCUGGUGGUAUAACGCAUGUCAUAAUGUCGACAUAAACGGUGUAUGGGCGAGUAAAGCUGAGGGUGAAGGCAUUAUCUGGGCCGGUAUAACAGGCUACAGAGAUUCUCUGGAGCUUGUGGAGAUGAAACUACGACGGCCGUGAUCAUAAAAGAUAACACAAAAACAGAACCUUGUGUUAUUACCGACUGAUGCAUGUCAAAUUUAAAUUAUUUCGCCAAAUGUACAAAUACUGCUUACAUGUAUAUAAAUGUUAUUUUAUUUUUAAUAUAAAAACUAUUGCUUAGUGUUUAAGUUGAAAUGAAACAAUAAAAAAACUGCUUUCCCUUAACUAAUGACGUCUGUCUACGGCUGAAUGAAAGUCUCUGUUGACUAGAUGUUUGUUUCUGCAGAGAUCCGUUGUGUAUCGUAUCAAUGAAUGUUUGAUAAAAUUGUAAUUCUUAAUUGGAAGAAAGUAAUGAUUUUCGUGAAUUUAAUAAUAGUGACAUUAAAUAGUUAUUACGUUUAGUGUAAUGAACAUAACAGAAAUGAUCAAAGAGAGGAUCAUUUAUUUACACCACCAGUUCCCAAAAGUUUUUGGGUGGCAAUUCUCCUUUAUAAAAACAAAAUGAACAGAGACGCCGAUACAAUUAAAAUAAACAUUAUCGUAUUAUCUAACACAACAGUUUGAGCUAACAUAGGAAAGUAUAAUUGGACUAUGGAAAUAUAGAAGCUACUGAAAAAGCCUCUCGUUUUUUUAGAGAAGAAAUAGAGGCAAAACGUUCUUAGAAUAUGCAUCCUUGUGAUAGGAUAAUAUACGACUAUCAACUUCUGAAGGUUUU